AUGCAGUCGAGAUUCACCGAUGCUGUACAAGUCAUAAGAUCUGAAUACCCCGGCCUCGAUCCUGACAUUGAUUCGUACCUAGAGGGUAUAAUAACGGAGAAUGGAGAUCAUUUUGAAUCGGCUGAUGAAGUUUAUGAAGCCAUUGGAAGCUUUCUAGAAGAUGCCAACAGCUCUGCAGAUGUGGAAAAGUGUUGUAAAGACGUAUAUAAUAUUCUUAAACCAGAUGGAUCUGUAAAUAUAAAUGAUAAAUUGGACGAACCAGUUCAUAUGACUUCUCUUGUUAAUACGUUCAAUGAUCGUGUAAUAAACAAUUCAAGUAUUUGGAUGGUGAAAAAGGAAAUGCCUAGUUCAGUUGAUUUCAAAAAGUUGGCGAAAGCUGAGGCCAGAGCUCGUGAAAAGGCGGCUAAAAAGUUGCAAAGUACUGAAUCUUCAAAAACCAGUCUUUUUGAGGUGGAGACUGCCAGUGUAAGUCAACAAUCAGACAAAAAGCAAAAGUUAUCUACCGAUGGGUCUGUUAAAAAAUUGACGGAUUUACGCAUUGACAACUUUGACAUCUCUUUUGGCAGUCGAAUUCUUCUCAAAAAUGCUAGUUUGAAGUUGGCUUUAGGACAUCGAUAUGGUCUUAUUGGCCGCAAUGGAUAUGGCAAAACCACUCUCCUCCGCGCCCUGGCUAAGUAA